CAUAAACUGCACAGCACAAAAGAAACAACCGGAGAACAUUUGCAGCAGAACGCUUUUUGGGUUGAGCCUGUGUAGGGAUGUGACUGAAGGAGUGGAAUGUUUAUGAAUGUCUCUAUUUUUGUAUUUUGGGUGAUGUCGUUUUUUCGCCCCUUUCAUACAAUGGGUAUGUUUUCUAUCGUUUACCACCCGUACAGUAGGUGGCAGAAUGCACCUCUAACACUUAUUUCCAGACCCCCUCUAAUACCAUAGUAGAAGAAGAAUUGAAUGCACACUUUACGAUUAGCUUGAAAAACUCGGGGAUAUUAUUACAAAUAUUGCCGCGUAAGUACGUCGGCAGAUUGAGUUGUCAUGUUCGUGAGGAAGACAUCCAUAUGUUUUUAGUGGUUACUGGAGGUUGAUCUGAAGAAUGAGUAAGUUAAGGUGUUAGCUAGCUAACAUGGGCGAAAUGGCGACUGCUGACUAGUAGCUAGAUUGUCAGCUGUUGUUGAUAUUUUGCCAACACAGUAAACCUACUGACCCGUCUUCAGCAUGGCUCCGUCUUCUCGCUCAUGCACGAUCUAGUGUUGCAGGUACGGCUUUGUGGAGUUCGAUGACACGCGUGAUGCCGACGGAGAACGAGUCAUCAUUGAGCACGCUCGUGGUCCACGCAGGGGCCGUGGGGGUUAUAGGGGCGGGGCUGGACGUAACGGUUGUGUACAGCAGCCGAAGCCCCACUGGCUGGGAUACGUAUUGGCCACCUGUACGCACAGAGUACCGCCUUAUUGUGGACAGCCUCUCCAGUCGCUACAGCUGGCAGGACCUAAAGGACUUCAUGCGCCAAGCUGUGAGGUGACAUACUGACGCUCAUAAGGAGCGGCCCAACGAGGGGGUGAUUGAGUUCUGCUCCCGCUCGGACAUGAGGGCCCUGGACAUGCUGGAUGGCACCAGAAUCAACGGGAGGAAGAUCUGCCUGGUGGAGGACAAGCCUUGCCACUGACGCUCCUACUCUGGCAGCUGCUCCUGGUCAGGAUAGUCCUGGGCCUACCACAUAAGGCAGCCGUUGGGUCCUUAUGGCCCUCCUGUGGAAGUGGUGAUAUGUUUAAUUUGCUGUUUUUCUAGUACCAAAGCUGAUUAGUUAUCCAGGCUUACAAUGUGUUUGAUAUCCCAGGUCUCAUAGCAGACGUCACUUUCGCAGCAGGAGCAGAAGUUUUGGCAGCCACUCCAGGUCUCGUAUACGGUCACACUCGUAGUACACACCGCUCUCGAUCCGGGAAUUCCCACCUCUCCAAGUCACUCAAAUCCCGUUCCAAGUCCCGCUCACGUUCUCGCAUUAGGAAGUCAUGUUCUCACUCCCACAAGUCUCGUACCUGCUCAGUGAGCCUCAAAUCCAGCUCUCACUCUGACGCCCAUAUGUCUCGCUCCAAGAGCUAGUCUAAAGUCUAGUCUGAGCAGGAAUCCAGAAGCCACUCCAAAGAGAAGUCUGUCAGCAAGAAGUCCUAGAGUCGCUCCCCGACCCCCAAAGAGAAUGGAAACAGAGCGUGCCCAGUCCGCCUCCAAGUCUCCCUCCCCACAAGAAGACCAUCACAAAUUGAAGUACCUCGCCAUGCACUCAGUCUCUCGCUCCCCCUCAUGCUCUAAAUCCUUCUCCCGCUCCUGAUCCAGGUUGACUUCCAAAAAUGUAAUUGCACUUGUUUUAGUAGGAAGUAUGGAAGAUGGUUUUAAAAUAAUUUACAAAUCGAAUGCAGUGUUUCAAUUUUCUCCACUAUGAGCAUUUGGUUUUAUUGAAGAUGGGAAUGUAGUGCUUUUUAACAUUGUUUUUAACUUUGCAUGAGAACCAGGAUGAAAGAUUGUAGAUUGCUGUGGAACGCAUUGUAGAGGAAUUGUUCUCAAUUUCCUUAUCUGUAUGAGAUUGCUUAUGCUUCAUGUUAUAGUUACUGGUUGAUGUUUGUUUCAAGAGGAAAUGAUUGAUUCUUAUUUGUAAUCUCUUCUUCGCCAUCUUCUGCAUUGCUUUGAAACUCUCCUUCCAGACCCACAUCAAAUAUCUCCAAUCGAAAGUUAAAUCUAGAAUUGGCUGCCUAUUUCGCAACAAAGCAUCCUUCACUCAUGCUGCCAAACAUACCCUUGUAAAACUGACCAUCCUACCAAUCCUCGACUUCGGCGAUGUCAUUUACAAAAUAGCCUCCAAUACCCUACUCAACAAAUUGGAUGCAGUUUAUCACAGUGUCAUCCGUUUUGUCACCAAAGCCCCAUAUAUUACCCACCAUUGCGACCUGUACGCUCUCGUUGGCUGGCCCUCGCUUCAUACUCGUCGCCAAACAGAUUUGCCAAAUGGAGGUAGAGGGAGAGUUUUGUAUGCGUCUGUGUGUGGAGUAAAGGUGGUCCAGAGUUACUUGGCUACAAGGAGCGCCGCCACUGGGUGAGCGUUUUCUUGUUUGCUUAUGGCGGAAUACAGCUCAUUCAAUGAAGUCUUAGUGCCAGCCUCUGACGGUGGUAGUAUGUAAACAGCUACGUAAAAUACAGAUGAAAACUCUCUAGGUAAAUAGUGUGGUCUACAGCUUAUCAUGAGAUACUCUACCUCAGGCGAGCAAUAGCUCGAUACUUCCUUAGAUAUCGUGCACCAGCUGUUAUUUACAAAAAUACAUAGUCCACCGCCCCUUGUCUUACCAGACGCCGCUGUUCUAUCCUACCGAUACAGCGUAUAACCAGCCAGCUGUAUGUUGAUAGUGUCGUCGUUCAGCCACUACUCGGUGAAGCAUAAGAUAUUACAGUUUUGAAUGUCCCGUUGAUAGUUUGAUCUUCCGCGUAGGUCAUCUAUUUUAUUGUCCAAUGAUUGCAUGUUUGCUAGAAGAAUGGAAGGAAGUGGGAGUGUAUUUGAUCGCCUACGAAUUCUCAGAAGGCAGCCUGCCCUCCGGACCCUUUUUCUCCACCUCCUCUUCACGCAAAUCACAGAGAUCUGGCCCUGUUCCCGAGAAAGCAGUAUAUCGUUCUCGUCAGACUCGUUAUUGGAAAAAAGGGAUUCUGCCAAUCCGUGGUUAUUAAUCGCAGUCCUUAUGCACAGAAGUUAUUUUCAGUCCAUAAGAGACGGUAGCGGCAACAUUAUGUACAAAAUAAGUAAAAUAAUAAGUUACAAACAAAAAAACAUAAUCGGUUGGGGGCACUUAAAACGUCUGCCGCCUUCUCCGGCGCCAUCUUAUGUGUUAUAGAUGGAUGGAAGAAGUUUUAAAAGUUUUACUUUACUAUUUAAAGCAAAGCAAUUACAUAUAGUCAAAGUUAAAGAUGCACUAUGCAAAAAUCGCUCUGCCACUUCCUGGUUGCUAAAAUUAGAAUAGUUCGCUUAAUUUCAGUUUGUGACAAAACAAGCAAAAAAAGAAACGUCCCUUUUUCAGGAACCUGUCUUUCAAAGAUUUUUUGUAAAAAUCCAAAUAACUUCACAGAUCUUCAUUGUAAAGGGUUUAAACACUGUUUCCCAUGCUUGUUCAAUGAACCAUAAACAAUUAAUGAACAUGCACCUGUGGAACGGUUGUUAAGACACUAAAAGCAAGAACUGGCAAACCUGGUGCAGUCCAUGAGGACGAGAUGCACUGCAGUACUUAAUGCAGCUGGUGGCCACACCAGAUACUGACUGUUACUUUUGAUUUUGACCAACCCUUUAUUCGGGGACACAUUAUUCCUUUUCUGUUAUUCACAUAUCUGUGGAACUUGUUCAAUUUAUGUCCCAGUUGUGGAAUCUUAUGUUCAUACAAAUAUUUACACAUGUUAUGUUUUCUGAAAAUAAAUGCAAUUCAAAGUAA